AUGCCCCGUCCUGGGAAGAACUCCUACAGUGACCAGAAGCCCCCAUAUUCUUACAUCUCACUGACAGCGAUGGCUAUCCAGAACUCAACUGAGAAGAUGCUGCCUCUGAGUGACAUUUAUAAGUUCAUCAUGGACCGGUUUCCCUACUACCGUGAGAAUACUCAGCGGUGGCAGAAUUCCCUGCGACACAACCUCUCCUUUAACGACUGCUUCAUCAAGAUCCCACGGCGGCCUGAUCAGCCCGGUAAAGGCAGCUUCUGGGCUCUCCACCCGGACUGUGGUGACAUGUUUGAGAACGGCAGCUUCCUGAGGAGACGGAAGCGCUUCAAGGUGCUGCGCGCAGAGCACAUGGCCUGCAAAAGCUCCCCGAUGAUGCAUUACUUCCACCAUCACCACCACCACGCGGGUACCAAACUGGGCACACCCACCGGCCACCACGACCACACGGCAGGUCCUGCAAGCACCGUGGGUCGGCUCCCCCACUUUCAGGGUUACGGGGGCAUCACUUGCGCACAGCCCGGUGGGUUUAAACACCCGUUCGCCAUAGAGAACAUCAUAGGUCGGGACUACAAGGGUGUCAUGGCCAGCGGGCUUCCCCUCACCUCUGUCAUGCAUCACCUGGGGUACCCGGUGCCCCCCCAGCUCAGCAGCGUGGUCAACUCCAUGUGGCCGCACGUCGGGAUGCUGUCAGAGUCAGUGGGGGGCGUGCCCGUUCCCGCAUCCUCUGAGUACUCGCCCUUCAGCGUUUCAGCAAAGGGUCUGUACCACAACACAAACGGGCAAACUCUGCCCGCCGUUCCCGUGCCAAUAAAACCCACUCCGUCCCUGGGUCCCGUACCGGGUCUGACGGGGCUCCAGUCCGGCCCGGCCCAACUCUGCUCACCAGCCUCAGUGAUGGAGAAAAGCGAUCUGCUGGAGGGGAAAGGCAACCCUCUACACCCGGCUCUUCUGCUGUCCUAA